UAUUUUUUAAGUCUCAUAUGUCUUAACGCAAUGAAUAGGUCUAAUUUGUUUUCCCUCAAAAUAACACAUUCAUGCUAUUCUUAAGUUAUAAGAGGUUAUGUGAAGCCGUAGACUAGGACUAGACUAAACUAAGUAGAUCACGUUCAUUCACAGGUUGAAGGAACUAAACUAAUCAUGGUGUUUUCCAAGGAAGUCGCUUGCAACCGAUUAGUCAAUUUAAAGCUCUCAAGAGUACUAGUACUUGUAACUUUAGCACUGGUUCUAGUACCUCUAUUUACCCAUUACUACUUGUCAAAUGUUGAGAGUGAUGUUUCAUUGGGUGAUAUCCAUCGAACCCGAUCUAAAUUGGAAGCCUAUGAAGAAUUUGGAAUGUUCCGAGGAGCUGAUUUGAAGACAAGAAUUGAAGAAAUGCUUAGAAUUAAAGGCUCGGUGAGCACUGAACUGCGCGACCUCGAAGCCAAGAGACAGAGACUGACAGCCGACAUUUCGUCCCUUACACAUAAGAUUGAGUCGCUGAAACUAGAUUUAUUAAGGCAACAAACAGAACUGGAGAGACUCAAACUAUCCGUUGAACAGGCGCAAGUGGCUCAUCGGGAGGCUCUGCAGCGCAACACGCCAGAGUUGUCUCGGCCACUGCGGCUGGUAGCGGGGGGGCCGCCCCUCCCCCUCCCCCCGCCAUCACCCCUCUCCCCUCCCUGCAGUAUGUGGCAGUGCUUCGAUCAGUCACGCUGCGCCCUCACCUCCGGUCUGCCAGUCUACCUGUACGACACAGAACUGUUCCCGGCCACCAGCUACUUGCGCACAGGUGUGAGACAGACUGUGGGUUUCAACCCCCACUACACCUCAGAUCCCCACGAGGCUUGUGUGUAUCUAGUCCUAGUGGGGGAGGGGGAGGCACAUGAUCUAACUAGCCUCAGAGAUCUCCCCUAUUGGGGCGGCGACGGGAGGAACCACGUCUUACUUUACCUGUCCCGGGGCAACUUGUCGCCCCCCACCCUCACUCCUGAGUUGACGGGCCGAGCCAUCAUCGCCCAGUCUACCUUCGCCCGCCACCUGUUCCGGGAGGGGUUUGAUCUGGUGCUGCCCCCCGUGCUAGGACCCCCUGGGGGUGACGUGUGGGCAGAGUGCGCUCCUCAGCUACCUGCAAGGCGCAAAUACCUACUGACCUUCCAGGGGCAUCCUCCCUCCACUCACAUUGUCUCUCAAGGAUUUAACGUGACGGAGCUGCACAAGUACUUGUCACAGUCAACGUCAGACGUGUUCCGACUGGACUGGUCGUGCAGCAACUCUGCAGCCCUGGUCUCCACGGAGGACGACUGGGACUUGUGUGGUACUGAGACAUCCCGCGCCGCUCUACUGAGGGAGUCUACGUUCACACUGGUGCCUGCACCGCGCAACACCAGCUAUGUGUCGUCUGCGCUCAGUCUCGCCCGGCUGUAUGAGGCCCUACGCGCCGGUGCGAUCCCAGUCAUAGUCGGGGGCGACAGAAUGGUACUGCCUUACAGUGAGGUGCUGUCGACCAAGAAGUUUGUGGUGUCGAUCGCCCAGAGCCGGCUGCCAGAGCUGCACUUCCUGCUGCGGAGUGUGUCUGACGCAGAUCUGCUGGUGCUGCGCCGCCAGGGUCGUCUGAUGUGGGAGAGGUACUUCGCCUCUCUACAGGCCGUCAUUGACACUACGGUGGCUGUGCUGAGAGACAGGUUGGGUCUACCACCUCGGCCCGUCGUAGACACGCCUGCCUCACUGUUCACACACGACUCUGUGCCGGUGAAGACGGAGCAAGUAGUGGAAGCUGAAGAGAGCCUCGGACCAUUGGAGCCUCCUUACCCUUCCCCUUCCUUUCACAGGAACUACUCCGUCUUUCUAGUACAGGGUCAUGAGAUGUGGAACGAUUGGGGUGAUCCGUUUCGUCUCUACCCUCACCUACCCUUCGACCCUGUGCUGCCCUCUGAUGCCAAGUUUGCAGGCUCUGGGACUGGGUUCCGCCCCAUCGGCAGGGGAGCUGGGGGAGCUGGCAAGGAGUUCUGUGAGAGUUUGGGAGGCAACCAUCCUCGCGAACAGUUCACUAUCGUCAUGCUCACCUACCAACGGGACCAGGUGCUGAUGAACUCUCUCAGUAGACUGCAAGGCUUGCCUUACCUCAAUAAAGUGGUCGUGGUGUGGAACUCUCCCCGACCUCCUCUGGACGACCUUCACUGGCCGGACAUCGGAGUCCCCGUAGAGGUUGUGAAGGCAAGCACCAACAGUCUCAACAACAGGUUCGUGCCGUACGACGCAAUAGAGACUGAAGCAGUCCUCUCCGUAGAUGAUGACGCUCAUCUGCGCCAUGACGAGAUCAUGUUUGGAUUUAGGGUUUGGAGAGAACAGAGGGACAGAGUGGUUGGUUUCCCUGGUAGGUUCCACGCGCUUGACCUCAACUACGGCGGUUGGCUGUACAACUCCAACUACUCUUGUGAACUCUCCAUGGUGCUGACAGGGGCGGCAUUUGUACACAAGUACUACACUUACAUGUACACCCACUGGCUGCCUCAAGCCAUCAGAGACAAGGUGGAUGAGUACAUGAACUGCGAAGACAUUGCCAUGAAUUUCCUAGUGUCCCACAUCACUAGGAAACCCCCUGUCAAGGUGACAUCACGUUGGACCUUUAGAUGUCCCGGCUGUCCCGUGUCACUAUCUGAGGACGAAACUCACUUCCAGGAGAGGCACAAGUGCAUCAACUUUUUCACUCAGGUGUUUGGCUACACGCCAUUACUGAACACUCAGUUCCGAGCAGACUCCAUCCUCUUUAAGACAAGAAUACCUCACGACAAGCAGAAGUGUUUCAAGUACAUCUAAAAUUAUCUUUUAGCGAAUUUCCCAUAUAGGGAAUAAGCUAUUACCGUAGUACUCAUGGUAAGACCUGGACCCGGGACCGAUUUUUUUUUUCGUUUUGAGGUCCCUAGAGGCCAA